AUGGGUAAAGGGCCUAAUGGGAGCUUCUGGUGGUUGCUGCAGAACGGGGAGGGGGCGAUUGUGGCGAUGGCAGCGGAGGGGAGAGCCCUUCCGGCGGCCAUUCGCUUCGCCGCCGCUCCCCGCCGGCCCAUCCCCUUCCGUUCGAAGCGGCUUGCCGUCCUCCGGUCUGUUGCUGGUGGCGCCGCCGCGUCUCUCCCCUCUCUCCGGCGCCCCGCCAGGCGGACGAACCGUCUGCGGCCGAAGCUGCUGGAAACCCUAACUCCGUCAUCUCCUCCUCCUCAGACGGUUCCCGAGGCUGAUCCAUCUCCGGGGGAAAGAGGAGUAGGGGAAGAUGCGCAGACUGUGGAGCUCCAGGUCGAUGGUCACUCCUUCACCAUGGAAUUCGCUGAAUCGAGGGCCGUACGAGCCGAGCAGGGUGACGCCGUGGGGGCAUUCCUCCUCCGGUCCCUCUUCCUGGUCGGAUUUGUCACUCUUCAGGUCGCCUGCGCUACCUGGUUCUUCAGCUCCGCCGAUGGCAAAGAGAAACGCGCCGUUGAUAAUGGCGCUCCUUCUGCGGUGGACAAUGCCGCGGUGCUUGGGCAAGGGAAGGAAGGCGAUCUGCAAUUGGGAGAACGAGAAGUGGAGUUUAGGCAGAUGGUGUCAGCGAUCCAGGCCAUGGCCAAGGAGGCCAGGGCGGCUGAGGCGAGGAAGGCCUCUGAGAAGGGCGGAGAUGAGGGACCGAAGGGGGAUAUCAUGGAGGAGGUGAACCAGAGAGUCGGCAAGGUGAGGAAGAGGUUGCCUCGCGUUCACCGCGAUGCAAAGGCGUUCGGAAGAAGUCCAGUGGAAAGAGGCGGCAACAAGCAGCCCAAAGAGAACACGAGGGUGAUGCCGGACCUUCUUGUCCCUGAAGAGGUAUCCGAGGACAGGGCAACCAGUAGAGAAGCUAUUCGUCGUGAAGGAACUGGCUCUUCCAAUGAAGCCUCCGCAGUGGCCUCUACAUCGAAGACAAGCAUACCCCCUUCGCAAAGCUUGCCGCAUAAAGAGAGUAGCUCUUCCACAAUCGGUAGGAAUGUUUCCACCGAUCCCAAGGUUUUGUCAGGCAAGACAACUGAGCACAAACAUGUACCUGACAAGGCAAAACAUUCACAGCCUGAUGCUGUAGACAACUUGUGGUGGUUGAAGCUUUCGUAUGUUCUGGUAUGCAAAUUUCAGAACUAACUCUCUCUCUCUCUCUCUCUCUCUCUCUCUCCAUGUAGGCUGUUGACUGUGCUUUGAAAUAUUUUUAGGAUAGUUUCAUAUGGGUUAGUUGCUGUUCCUAUUUGUUAACUUCCAUGAUGUGA